AUGAAACAACAGCAGCGGCAGAAGCAGCGAUCCCCAAUCCUUUAUGUAAAGUUAAAUAUAAGACAAAACCCAUUCUCAUCGUCAAUUUCGAAGAACAGGGUACGACUUUUCUCAAGACUGAGUAGUCCACAGCUUCCAAAAACCCGAUCAAAACCACCAUUUUCAGGAUAUUUUGCUAGAAAAGUGAUGGGAGACCACAUGGUUUUGUGUGUUGAUCAACUCAUUACACCUGAAUCACUGCAAGCAGCUAAGGCCUCCGUGUCUGCUGGAAAGAUUUCUUGUAGUGACAUUGCUGGUCCAUCCACUUUGACCAUCGAUAGUGAGGAAGUGGGAGAAAAGGGUGCAGCUGGUGAAGAAGAACCACUGAUUCAAACAGUGGAAUGCCGCAUAUGCCAAGAGGAGGAUAACAUAAAAAACCUGGAGGUCCCUUGUGCUUGUAGUGGAAGUCUUAAGUUCGCCCAUAGGAACUGUGUUCAGCGAUGGUGCAAUGAGAAAGGAGACAUAACUUGUGAGAUCUGUCAUCAGGUAUGCCACUGCUUCUUCCUUGAUGAGAAUUUAUCGUUGUGUUGCAUAAAACCUAAUGCAUGUUGGAAAAGCUAG